AUGACCAAUAAUAUCGUCGUACUGGGGGCUGGUGUAUCGGGCCUGACGACAGCAUAUCUGCUGUCGCAGGAUCCAAAUAAUAACGUCACCGUGCUCGCCAAGCAUAUGCCGGGGGAUUAUGAUAUUGAAUAUGCGUCUCCGUGGGCAGGCGCCAAUUACAUGCCGGUCGGAAGCGAGGGUAGCAACCACCAGGCAUGGGAACGAGCAACCUGGCCAGCUCUGGAGGAAAUCACCUUGAAAUACCCCGAGGCGGGCAUUCAAUUCCUCGGCAAGUAUUGUCAUACUGUUUCGUAUAUGCCCUAUGAACGUACAUCUCUAACAGGCCAUGCAGAUACUCUCAUCUAUAACCGAAAGAAAGAUCAAGGCUCUGCCACGGGCAAAUGGUUCUCGGAGUUGGUGCAGCCAAACCCUUGGUACAAAGACGUUGUGCCCAAGUUUGAAGCUAUUCCCAAUGACCAACUUGGACCAAGCAUCGACAAUGCCCAGAAGUUCGUUUCUGUCUGUAUCAAUACUGCCAUUUAUCUCCCUUGGCUUGUAGGGCAAUGCGUCAAGAAUGGCACGGUUUUUGAGAGAGCCGUGUUUAAACACAUUGCGGAUGCUGCACAUUCUCACCACUCUGGCCAAAAGGCCGAUGUGGUUGUCAACUGUACCGGUCUCUCAUCGAGGUUCCUUGGGGGGGUGGUUGAUGAAAAACUCCAGCCGGCUCGGGGCCAAAUUGUUAUUGUUCGCAAUGAUCCCGGCCCCAUGGUCUCCGUCUCGGGAACCGAUGACGGUGAAGAUGAGGCAAUGUACAUCAUGACUCGUGCGGCUGGCGGUGGCACUAUCCUCGGUGGUUCUUAUCAAAAGGGUGAUUGGAACCCCUUACCUGACCCAAAUCUUGCAAAUCGAAUUAUGGCCCGUGCAGUUGCAGCUGCCCCGCAACUUGUCGAGAAAGGGCAGGGAAUUGAAGGCCUUUCCAUCAUACGGCACGGCGUCGGCUUGCGGCCUCUCAGGGACGGCGGUCCCCGAAUCGAAAAGGAUCAAAUUGACGGGGUUCAGGUUGUACACAACUAUGGUCAUGGUGGAUUUGGAUACCAAGCUUCAUUUGGUUGUGCGGAAUCUGCCGUACUGCUAGUUAAGGAGGUGUUGCAGAGCAAGAGACGGGCAAAGCUUUAA